CAGCUCGCCUUGGAGCCUUGGAGCCGUCAUUCUAUUCCCUGUUGCCACUCUAUCGCGCCGUAUCGCGUGGUUAUUCGGCGUGCUUUUAACCUAAGCCCGAUGACAGAUGUGUGAAAUGUCAGUUAUGCGUUGUCCUGCAGAAAACAAAUGGAUUCAGAAGCGAAAUCGCACAAAUCCCUGCCACCGUUCGUCGAAGGCAAAACUCACGGUAGCCUGAGGCUCGUUAUCGACGAAGUCCUCUGGCUUAGGAGUCCCGGAGAUGUCACGGUAGUGGCUUCCUGGUGGGGCGAACACGACAGUGCUCAAUUCAGGCCAAUAAGUAGUACCACAGAUACAGUAAGAACAGAGGAGGAUACAAACGAAAUAUACACUGUAAAAACUAAUGCGACGCUUUUCGAGGAUUAUCUCAAAAACUGUGGAACAAUAGAAUUAGUGAUUAUCGUAGAAAAGACAGACGAGAUUAUUGGCACGGCACGUAUAGGAGACUUGUCUAAGAUUUUUACAUGUAAAUAUUAUACUCAGUUUGUUCCAAUAUUAAAUAACAAUGGUGAUAAAAUAGGAAAAUUACGCGUUUCUUUGCAACUGACAUAUUUAACAAAGCUUCCAAAUAUGCAACUAAAAACAUGCAAAUACAGUAAGAAACAAGAGAAAAGUGAUGUUUUAGCAUCAGUUGAUGACUUGAAACAUGAUGAAGAAAUACCAGUGACAUCCUACAAGAAUGCUAAUGUUAUUAAAAAAAGGAACUUUGCAAAAUCAACAAACAAUGAUGAAUGUGACACAUACAGAUCUGUCCUCAAUACCAAGAGACUAGAAUUUCAAGAAUCUAAGAAGAAAUUUAAUGAAAUAGUAACAGACAAAUUAGUUGCUCAGAUUGUUGCUAGAGCACAGCGACUUAGAGGAGCAAUAUUAAAAGAGGCUUACAAUGAUGAUUCUUUAGCUCUUAGUGAUAAUUCAAUGAGCAAUGGUUUGUAUCCUUAUGCUUCAGUAGAAAAUGAAGCAAAACUUUAUGAAUACCUUUUGGGGACCGAAAUGACUUCUUCAGAGGAGAAAAAAGCUUUAAACACCUUGAGAUCAACAUCUCCAACUCCAAGUUUGAUAGAUUUGGCAUCUGAAAUGAUUACAACUAGUAAAAAAGAUAAUAUAAGCAGGAAUGAAAAUUCUCUUGUAAAAUCAAACAGUUCUGUAGAAGAUGUCUUGUAUGAAGAUACACCUGAUAAGGAGAUGAAAGGAGCACAUCCUCUAGAUUAUGUAGAUAGUAUAAGAAUUUUAAUUGAAUCCUUUACAUUGAGUCCUGCAGGAUACAGACGUGUAAAAUCUAUGCGUUUGCUACAUGUACCAUUGUCACCGACAUAUUUUAUUCAAUAUGAUACAACAUUUGCAUUAGCAGGACAAACAAAUAUAAAAUCUAAUAAAGAAAUUAAGUUAGUAAAGACGUGUUCUAAAAAACAAUUUGGUCAAGUCAUUGACUUCAAUUCUGAGGCCAAAUAUAUUAUACCGAGACACAUUGUAAAAAAAAAUUUUCCCUUGAAAUUUAAAAUGUUUGUACGACACCUUAAUCAAAAGUUUCAAACUGAGUUAGGAUUUGGUUCCAUGAAUAUCAAUGACAUUACAAAGAUUGCGAAUUUAAGCAGUACUCAGAAUAUUGCUGUUAUCAAUAAAGGCAUCAAAAUGGGAGAUUUAAGAGUCACAGCAGAAUUAGGUUACAAUUUUACUUUUGGUAAAGAAUUUAUUGAUGCUAUAGUGUCUACAAAAGAAAAUAUUCCCGUUUUGGAGAUGAAAUCUUUAAGUUCGAACAGUAAUAAAUACAGGAGUGUGACAGGAACUCAAUCUUCCAAAUCUAGUAGCAAAGUUUCGUCCGUUUCUGCCAAACGAAUUGGAUGUUUAACUAGUAAUAACAAGGAUUUGAUUGCUAUGAGAGAUAUAGCAGAGCACCGAGAACGAAGUUCAGAUAAUAAAAAAAUUGAUACAAGUAAUCCAGAAAGUGGUACUAAAGAUAAGGUGUUACUUCAUGGCUUGAUAUAUGUAGCUGAGGGCAAAAAUUUGCCAGAAUCUAAUACCUAUCUAAUAUGUAGAGCAUUUUGGCGAGAGGACAAAGCAACGAGUCAAAUCUGUAGUAAUACGAAAAAUCCAUUCUAUCAUUUCUUUCAACUGGUGCCAUUAAUUCAUGGUAUAGAAUUAUUGGAAAGAAUCAGAGAUAAUUAUAUAAUCAUAGAAGUUUACAGUCGACAAAACGGUGAGACAGAUAAUCUGUUGGGAAUAGCAAAACUACCUGUGCACCAGUUAUACAUUGCAUAUAGAGACCCACUUGUUUUACCUCAUUUGCUAUUGUCAAAGUAUCCUGUAAUAAGCGUGGAUGGUUGGGUCAGUAUUAACAAUCCAGUAAGCGGAGAAUUUUGCGGAGAAUUGCUUGCACUGGUUGCACUUGGCACUGCGGAGCAAAUUGCAUUAUUAGAAGUGUCAAGGGGUCUAAGAAGUGCUAGUGUCAUACCGCGAACAGUUUAUCACUGUCAUGUCCUUGACAAUACGAACAAUGCAACAAGCGCAUACCAAGAGAAUUUACCGUGUAAUGUUCCUGAAGCGUUAGAUCUCAAUUCACGGAAAGUUACACGCGAUAAUCAUUUGGCUUAUCACAUUUAUAGUACGAGCGAUCGAGAUUCAGCAUCCGCCGAUUACAAGAGUCAAGAAAGUCAAACGGAUAUCUCGACCCUUCGAGAUGCGGAAAGACCGGAGAAAUUAGUGCAAGAAGUUGAAUCAGAACAAUUGGCUUUGCACGCUUUAGUCGAUCGUUUAACGAACGUGUUACACACUAAUAAGAUCAACACCGAUCAAUCGGCGCAAACGGAGAUGAAUCAAGCGGAUGAAGGAGAAACGAACCAGAAAGAGUUACAUUUAAAUACGCUAAAUAGUAAUAGUCUCACUGACAAUAGCGAUAAUAGUUGCGGUCUGAGAAAUGAUUUUCAAUUGCCUACGGAAAUGUAUAGAAGCGUCGGCGUCGGUGCAGAGUACGACGAAGAAUUAGAUCGACAGCAAAAUAAUGCAUACGAUAAUCUUUCAAAUUUGCCCGCGAUGAAGGAAAAUGCGGAAGACUUGAAUGCCGAAUGUGAUAGCUCUUUCUUCCGAUCUGUCAUGGAAAUCGAAUGCGCGCUACAUUUGCCCAAAAUGAAAGGACCGGAUGACUUUGUGGAACCGAGUACAUACGUGACUUUUCAGGAUUUAAUUCAUAAACUCGAUUCUAAUAGCCAUUUGAAUUCAUGCGUAAUGACGAAUGUUUUUCCGCGUAGCUGCAAUCCAAAGUGGAAUUGGAAAUGUGACGCAAAACUACCGAUGGACCUACUUUUAAAUAAUCAGAAAAGAUUAAUCCUUAAAGUAUGGUAUUUGAUCGAUCCGGAUACGUCGAUGGAAAUAAAUUUAGGAAAGGAUAUCGUGAUUGGUUUUUCCGCUGUCGAUCUGUCGGUUCUGAUGGCUGGAUUUCCCACGGUGUCUGGAUGGUUUCAUAUUAUGGAUUUUACCGGAAAAUGCAACGGACAAAUUAAAAUAAGUGUAACACCUCUGGAUAGUUUACCUUUGGGAAAAUUUUCACCAACUGGCUCUAUUAAUCUAUCGAGAUGCAAUAAUUUAUCGCAGUCAAACUGGCUGCAUUUGUGCAACACACCUUGCAGCGAUACAGCAGAGUCUAAUAAUGCGCAUCAAAUGUUAUCGUACGCAAGCUACAAUAAAGACAGAUAUGCGCAAAGUACUGAGCAUAAGUCGAAUGAAGCAGCAGAAAUUAGUAGUCAUGGUCUGGAAGAUGUUUCUAUGUCUUUCCUAUCAUCGUCUUUAAAACAAAAGUUGACCGAACUAGACGAAAUCACGAAACGUUUGCAAUCACGUUUGAGUGAUGUCACAAACACGGCUUUUGAAGAUGAUUUUGAUAACGAUUUCGACAUGAUUGAACCAAAUAGUGAUAAUGAAAAUACUGACGACAAAAACGUCGAGGUCACAUCGCAAAGCACCGUAUAUCCCACUAACGAUGCAUCACAAAUACCAAAACAGAAUAACAUACAGAGCGAUCAAAACGUAAAUGACGUGGGACAGUCUUUCGCUAUUAGCAGUAGUUAUAAUUCACGUUUCGAGCCGGGAUCUGAUCAAGUUAGAGCUACAAGUUCAAACGCGACUGAUACCGGUUGCGCUGAUUCUAAUGCGCGCAGCAUACAACAUCUAGGCUAUUAUCACAAUCAGUAUCAAAAUCGAUAUGGCUCGUCGAUUCGUAAUCUAGCGAGUCAAUCUAACAGCACGGAAUAUCCGGCGCGAGGUACUAAAACGCCUAUAAAUCACCUACUCGACAAACUUUCCUUAGAUUUGCCACCUAGACCACCUACAGCGUCAGCCAUCCCAAUGAGAAGAGACAUUCUCGAGCUGUUUGCGAGUUUACGGGAACACAGGAAUAAUUAUUCGCAGGACAAGGACAAGAACGAUCGUACUUGCGUCGAAACUUGUUCGGUGCCCACUCAAACUGACGAUUCGAGCCUUGAACUGUCAGCUUAUUCUCACGUGACAAAUCUAGUCGAUGACGUAGGUUGUUCCAAAUCAUCUCAAACAUUGAAAUCGCAAUCUUGUAACAGAAUAUCUACAGUGAUACGCGAAGAAUUAGUCACGGAAGAAAAUAACGAAAGUUCCAAUUGUGACGAAUUAACGACAUAUCUAAUCGCUUCCAAUGUACGUCAUAUGGACUUGGACUGUAUAUUCAAUCCGCUGCUCUAUCAACAUUUGUUGCCAGAUCUGCAAGUUGCUGCUGUAUCGCCGGAAGGAGAAGCGGAACAACUGGACAAUCAGUACGCUAGAAGUUUUGGUACGGCGAUGAUGAUGCGCGACAGUAGAAUCGAUCAGAAUUUAACGGAGAACAAAACGACUCUAUCUCGAAACGACGUGCCAACGAAAAAUCGAACAAGCGUAGACUCUGAGGAAAAUGUGGGAGAAUUUUCCAUUUUGACAGAUUCGGACAUAUCCGAAAAUGCCGACAGCAAUAUCGAUGUUACUGUCAUUUAUAAAUCCAGCAACAACGAUCUAAUGUCGGAUAAUAGUACGGAAUCGACGAUUGAUGUAACGUCAUUCAACAAAUCAACACAACAAACUGACAUCGGAAAUUACUGUACUUCCACCGUAUCCGAACUGUCUGUUUCCGGAGUAUCGAGACAAGCGCCAGAAGGAGGAAAUCCCGUGGAAGAAACCAAGAUAGUUUCGGUAAUAUCGAGUCAACAAGACGACAUUCAGGAUGUGUCAGGAGAUAGUUAAAUACUUUGGGAUAUUUUGUAUCCAAAUGGAUAUUUCUGCAGCUUGACAUGUUUAGGAAAGGAAGAAACAUUGUAAUUGGAUGGUGACGGAUACUCUUCUAAGUAAUCAGUAGAUUUACCGAAUCGAGCAAGGCCACUGUAGCCCUUUUUGCUGAUGCUAUGAGAACAUGGCUGGUGAGAAAGAUUAAACAAAUGUAAUUAAGUAUAAUGUAAUUUAAUAUAUUAAAAUAGCAAUUUUUGAUAUAUGUA